AUGGCCAGCACUGCGACCGAAGAUGCCUGCGCCAAGCUCCCGCCCGCCAGCUCCGACUACAAGUCCAAGGGCAGCUGGGACACUAUCGCGGGUCUCAACACGUACAUAACCGGGUCCCCCGACGCCCGGCGCGCCAUCAUCUUCAUCUACGACAUUUUUGGCCCGGCACCGCAGACACUGCAAGGAGCAGACCGCCUCGCCUCCACCGUGGGCGCCGUGGUCCUAGUCCCGGACUUUUUCGAGGGCGUCCGCGCCCAGCCGGCGUGGAUGCCGACGGACACGGAGGAGAAAAAGGCCGCCUUUGCGCAGUUCCGCGCCGAGCGUGCAGAUAUCGCGCGGGCCGUGGACCGGCUGGUGGCGGUGCGAGCGGCGGCGGGGGAGCGGUGGAGCGCCGUGGAUGACGAGGGCGGAUGGGCCGUCUUUGGGCUGUGCUGGGGCGGCAAGGUUGGCGUGUUGGUCUCGGGGAAGGGAAAUGAGGGAAAUGGUCGGAGGUUUGCCGCGAGUGGAACGGCGCACCCAUCUCGGCUCGAUGCCCAGGAUGCCGAGGCACUGAACGUGCCGUACAUUUGCCUGGCGUCUCCUGGAGAACCUGCCGAUUUGGUGGCGCAGUACGCAGAAAUACUGUCCAAGCCUGGCAAGACUGGUGUGGUGGAGACGUAUAGCUCAAUGUUCCACGGUUGGAUGGGUGCGAGGGCGAAGCUGGAUGAUGAGCAAAAUCGGGCAGAGUAUGAACGGGGAUAUCGUCAGGUUGCGGAAUUCUUUAGCAAGCAUCUGUCACCGUAA